AUGACGGACAUUGCGGAAAAAGAACGAUCCUCAAUUGAGAAGAGCCAGGAAAAUGUCGCAGAGAUCGACCGCUGCGGUACGCAUCCCUCUGCGGAGGAGAUGGCCGAAGCCAUUGCAGCAGCGAAGCUGUCGCCGCUCAGUCGUCCUUUGCUGAAGCUGUACUGCUUCUGCUUCAUUGCCUUUCUCUGCUCCACCAUGAACGGCUACGACGGAUCCAUCUUCGGAUCCCUCCCGGCCAUGGAGUCCUUCCGCGACCGCUUCCACGUUGGCAAGACCGGCCCCAAGCUCGGCUACAUCUCCGCCAUGUACACCGUCGGCACCGUCGCCUCGCUGCCCCUCACCGGCCCCGCCUGCGACCUGCGCGGCCGUCGCAUGGGCAUCUUCCUCGGCAGCAUCAUCGUCGUGCUCAGCACCGUGCUCUCCGCGCUCGCCUCCAACACGUCCGCCUUCGUCGCCGGCCGCUUCUUCCUCGGCUUCGGCGUCAGCAUCGUGCGCUGCGCGAGCUCCAUCUGGUGUGCCGAGAUCAGCCCGCCCGCCUACCGCGGCGUGCUGACCGCCUUCUACAACUGCACCUACGCUAUCGGCGCGCUGAUGGCCGCCGGCGUCACCCGCGGCUCGGUGCGCUACGCCGGCGACCUCCAGUGGCGCGUCCCCGUGUGGUGCCAGCUCAUCUGCCCGGCCAUCGUCGCCGCGUUUGUCUUGCUGUUCCCGGAGUCCCCGCGGUGGCUGUACGCGCACGGCCGCGAGGAGGAGAGCCUCGCGUUCCUGACAAAGUACCACGGCGAGGGCAACAGGGAGCACGCGCUGGUGCGGAUGCAGAUCGAGGAGUACCGGCAGGUCAUCUCGCGGGACGGCUCGGACAAGAGCUGGUGGGACUACAGCGACCUGUACAAGGACCGGGCCUCGCGGUGGAGGAUGCUGAACGCGCUGAUCCCGUCGGUCUGGGGCCAGUGCUCGGGGAACGCGGUGGUCAGCUACUACUUGCCGGCGAUGCUGAUGACCACGGGCAUGACGCGGUCCGACCAGAUCCUCAACAUCAACCUGGGCUACACGGCCAUCGCGGCCGUGGCCUCUUACGUCGGCGCGAGCCUGAUCGAGAAGAUGGGCCGCCGCCCGACCAGCAUCUGGACCUCAGUCGCCUGCUCCCUGUGCUUCGCCGGCAUCACCGCCGGGACCGGCAUCUACGCCUCCACCAAGGCCCACGGGGCCGCGACGGCCGGCAUCGCCUUCAUCUUCAUCUUUGGCUGGUGCUACAACUUUGGCAUGACGCCCCUGCAGGCGCUCUACCCCGUCGAGUGCCUGUCGUACGAGCAGCGCGGCAAGGGCCUGGCCUUUGUCUUUGCCUUUGUCCACUGCCUGGCCUUUGUCAACCAGUUCUGCUUCCCCAUCUCGCUGCAGGAUAUCGGCUGGAAGACGUACACUGUCUUCAUCGUCUGGGAUCUGAUCCAGGCGACCAUCAGCUACCUCUUCUCGGUGGAGACCAAGGGACGAUCGCUGGAGGAGAUGACGGAGAUUUUUGACGCUCCCAACCCUGUCAAGGCGUCGCUGCGGAAGAUUAAGGCUGUUUCGGAUGUUUAA